UCAAACCUCACCUGUCAUUAGUGUCACUUUUGACACCUAACCUCCAAACUUACAUAACACCCAAUUUGUGUCAAUUCCUCGCGUAAACCAUGGGCAAAGCGUCGCAAACGGGGGGCGUCAAGCCCAUGUCCAUCGCCGGUCGCUUCACCAGCGAGCGUGAGCGUCUUUUAGGCAUGACAGACGAAGAACGGGCUUUCCGUAAACAAUGGCUCAAGGACCAAGAAUUGGCCCCAAACGAGCCCCGACCGGUCCCUGAAAUGUACAAAGCCACCUACAACCCCAUCCGACGCGCCUACCGCUGGCCCUUGGACCAGUUAGCCAAAGUUUUGCUUCCAGUUUUGGGGGAAGAACGCACAAGGAACGUGAGAUAUGUCACUGGGAAGGCUUUUCUGGGGGUCAUGACCCUAUAUUGGUUCACCUACUACUUCAAAUACAAUGCGAAUGAUUGGACGAGAGCUGGGGGGUGGAAAGUCUACAAAUCGCGGGAGGCGGUGGUCGAGGGGGAUCCCGGGUAUCCCAAGUUGUCUGAUAGGGUCAAGCCCUCGGAUUACGCCUCAAGGGGGUUCAAGGAUGUUAACUUAAACUUGUAAAUCAAUAAACAUGUAGCGAUUUUUAGUUAAAUAAAUUUGUAUUUGAA